AUGGACAGCGCGGCCGCCGCCGCCGCCGCCUUCGCCCUAGACAAGCCGGCGCUGGGCCCGGGGCCGCCCCCGCCGCCGCCGCCGCCGCCGCCCUCCGCGCUGGGGCCGGGCGACUGCGCCCAGGCGCGCAAGAACUUCUCGGUGAGCCACCUCCUGGACCUGGAGGAGGUGGCGGCGGCCGGGCGGCUGGCGGCGCGCCCCGCGGCCAGGGCCGAGGCGCGGGAGGGCGCGGCGCGGGAGCCGUCCGGAGGCAGCAGCGGCAGCGAGGCGGCGCCGCAGGACGGCGAGUGUCCCAGCCCGGCGCGCGGCGGCGCCACCAGGCGGAAGAAGCCGCAGCGGCGGAACCGCACGACGUUCAACAGCAGCCAGCUGCAGGCGCUGGAGCGCGUGUUCGAGCGCACCCACUACCCCGACGCCUUCGUGCGCGAGGAGCUUGCCCGGCGCGUCAACCUCAGCGAGGCGCGCGUCCAGGUCUGGUUCCAGAACCGCCGUGCCAAGUUCCGCCGGAACGAGCGGGCCAUGCUGGCCAACCGCUCCGCCUCGCUGCUCAAGUCCUACAGCCAGGAGGCCGCCAUCGAGCAGCCAGUGGCUCCCCGGCCCACCGCCUUGAGUCCAGACUAUCUCUCCUGGACAGCCUCAUCCCCCUACAGCACGGUGCCGCCCUACAGCCCUGGAGGUUCGGGCCCCACGACCCCAGGGGUCAACAUGGCCAACAGCAUCGCCAGCCUCCGCCUCAAGGCCAAGGAGUUCAGCCUGCACCACAGCCAGGUGCCCACGGUAAACUGACGGCCAGCCCCCAGCACCCAGCCGCCUCCCUGGUCUGACAACAACAGAAAAGAGGGCAGAUGCACAGAAAUGACCUUCUCCUGCCCCCCACCUCCAUCCCUAGGACGGGCUGGUUGGGUUCUCCUGGCUUCUCUCUGCAGCUGGACUUCUAAGCCCGAGAGGCUGCGGGGGCACCAGGAGUCUGG